CAUCAAGUCAUUUUGACAAUGUCUCAUCAUAAUCGAAAAACAUAAUCAAAAUUUUCGUUCACAUAUCAUAAAUCACGCAGUAGGAUAGGUUAGAAUGUUGAUUAAGGUUGUAACGCUGAUGGGUGAUGAAGAUCUUAUAGAUGUCGAACCAACGGACAAAAUACUAACGAUCAAGGAAAAACUGGAAGAACAUGAAGGCAUACCGCCCGAACAACAACGGCUGAUUUUUCAAGGAAAACAACUGAAAGACGAAAAAACGGUGAGCAGUUACAAGCUUAAAGGGGGCACGGUGUUACAUCUGGUUAUUGCAUUGAGAGGAGGGAUAAAAUCAAGGUACAUCAGACCUAGAACUGCCUAGGAUCGGCCCUGGUUAAAAUCGAGUAAAAUGUAGAAAAAACAUAAUAAAAUCAUCAAAACAUCA